AUGGAGGAUCUUGAAGUAGCCUAUCACAUUACAGAUAUCCAUGAAGCUUUGGCAUUAUCUGAGGUGGGAAAUGACAGGAAGAUGUUCUUGUUCGGAACCCAGGUGACUGAGAAUGGCUCAGAGAUACCCUCCAUCAUGCAAGAUGCCAGAGACCUGAUUGCACAGCUGGCUGCAGACAUGCAGUGAUCAGGCCUAGGCCCACUGUGAGGCUCACGAUUUGAAUAUCACCAGGGAAUGUUUAGUGGCAGGCUGGAAGCCAAAAGUUUCCACUUUCCAAUAAAAAAUAAGGCAUUUCCUAUUUUCUCAAUG